CCAACUUGAAGUAGAAACACUUUUUCAUGAAUUCGGGCAUGCUCUUCAUUCAUUUCUCUCAGGAAUAUCAACAUUUUUCAGGGACUAGAGCUGUUCUUGGUUUUGCUGAAACACCUUCAACACUCUUUGAGCACUUUGCAUUGGAUUAUCGGGUUUUAAGGACAUUUGCUAAGCACUACUCAACUGGUGAUGUCAUACCAAAAGAAUUGGUAGAAUCAAUGCUUGGAGCGAAAAAUAUGUUUGCUGCAACAAAAUUGCAACAACAGAUUUUCUACGCUUUAGUUGAUCAAACACUUUUUGGAGAGUAGCCAUCCUCAGUCAGAGAUUCAAUAUCAAUUGUUGCUGAUCUCAAAAGACAACAUACAAGCUGGAAACAUGUGGAAGGGACGCAUUGGCACACCCAAUUUAAUCAUCUUACAAACUAUGGUGCUGGUACACUACAUGCUGCAAUAUACAGCCAGUAAUAGAACUGUCUACUUGUUAGCCUAAAGUUAUAUCUAACCAUGGGAAUUGAUCAUGUCUAUGAGAUAUGGGAUACAUAGCCUAAGUCAUGAGAUUUAUCUGACUGAUUUAAAUUCUACAGGUUACUAUAGCUACUUGUAUGCAAAAUGCUUUUCAGCAACCAUUUGGGAAAAGAUAUGCCAAGAGGAUCCACUAUCACCGGCAACAGGUUCAGUUCUAAGGAUGAAGUUCCUGCAGCAUGGAGGAGCCAAAGACGCUACUAAUAUAUUGAAUGACCUUGUAGGAAACGGUAUUACAAGGCCUGCUGGUGAAGGCGUAAUA